AAACAAAAUUGCUUAACAUUAUCCUUUCGUUGCUAUUUCUUGAAGAUAUCUCAUCAUCGAUCGAAUUGCUUAACCUCAGUACCACUGUUACUGCUUAUUUUCAGGUUCCUACUAGCUUCCUUCUUGGACACGGAAGCUGGGCAAAUCGGGGUGUGCUACGGGAAAAUUGGAAACAACCUGCCACAUCCGGUGGAUGUGGUGGCGUUUUACCGGCAGCGUAACAUCCAUCUGAUGUGGCUUUACGAUCCCGACCAAGAGGUUCUAACCGCUCUAAAUGGCUCCAACUUAGAGCUUCUACUCGAUGUUCCAAACUCGGAUAUCCAGCGUAUCGCCUCCAACCAAUCUGAAGCCGACACAUGGGUCCGUAACAACGUCCGCAACUACACAAAGGGUGUCAGAUUCCGCUACAUAUCGGUAGGGAACGAGGUGCAACCCUCGGACCUAGACGCAAUGUUUCUCCUCCAAGCAAUGCAAAACAUUGAGAGAGCUGUUUCAGACCUCGGGGUCAAGGUCUCCAACGGUUUUAGUGGGUUUCCGCCCUCGAGCGGAUCGUUCACACCGGAUUCUCGGAUCUUUUUUACGCCCGUGAUAGAUUUUGGUAACAUGAGAGACGUCAGUUUGGAGUACGCUCUGUUAACUUCAAAGAAGACUGUAGUCAACGACGGGUCAAACUCAUACCGAAACCUCUUCCUCGCACUCCUAGACACUAUCUACGCGGCACUGGAGAAAACAGGAAGCAGUCAUUGGAGAUCGUGGUGUCGGAGAGCGGUUGGCCGACAGCGGGAGGAACCGCUGCGAGUGUGGACAAUGCAAGAACUUAUGUGA